CGAAGCUCCAUAUUAUCAGGCAGGGAAGGAAACUACCCUAGGAAACUCCCUUCCAUCAUCCCUCCUUCCCUGGAUAUGGGUUGUCUAUUCCGUCUCUUCACCAUUAUAUAAUUUCUUUUUUUCCCCUUCCUUUUCUUUAUUCUCUUCUUCCUUCUCAAUUCCCUUCUAUUCUAUUCUGCAAUAUCAAAGCACACAACACCUCUGCAUGUCCACGUUCGCGUCAACCUUCACCACCAUGGCCAGUGCCGGCCUCCUCCAGACCAGCCUCAUCUGGGUCGCCUACGCCGUCGCUGUUGCUCUCUGUCUCGUCGCCGCCAUCAUCACGACCUUCACCUGGCAGGCUCCGAGGGAACGUUCCGUCGUCGUCAGCAUCGUCACAAUUAUCAGCCUCACGGCCCUGCUCGCCACAGUGCUGCUUCUACCCGUCGACAUUGCUUUGGUCUCGUCAACAAGUUCGUCUUCUCUAGGCAUCAAGAAAGAUUGGGCUACCGAUAAGCGCGUUCACGACAUUCUCCUGACGCUCCGCAUUGUCUAUUACUCCCUCUACAGCUUCGAUGCCCUCCUGUGCCUGCUGAUCAUACCGUUAGCCUACUUCUGGUUCGAGGAAUACGAUGAGAUCGAGAUCGAGGAAGGGCGAUCAUUUGGUAGCCGUCUCGGCAGCGCCCUCAAGUACACGGCCGUCUUCAUUGCCCUGGUUCUGAUUCUCUUCCUUGUCGGCUUCUUCGUCCCCGCCGCCGGAAAUGAUGACCGCGCCCGCUGGGAUCUCGACUAUUUCAAGCACAUCCUCGCCCAGAACAAUGGCCAGAAGGCCCUGGCGUUCGCCCUCGGACUCCUCGUGACCAUUGGUACCCUGCUCUAUAUCGUCUACACUGCCUCCGGGCUCGCUCUGCUGCCCAUGUCCUUCGUCAAGUCGGCCCCCGCCAUCUCGGCGCCCCAGCUCUCCGAGUCCACCGCGUCCGCCCUGGAACAGAACCAGGAGCGCCAGCGCCAGCUCGAGAUGCGCAACGCCGGUCGCCCGGAGGGCAUGUCACCCAAGGACCGCCGCGAGCUCGAGGCACUUAUGCGCGAGGAGCGUACCCUCCGCCGCCGCGAGCGCAUCGCCGCCGAGGCCGCCGGCGAAGGCCACAGCAAGAUCUACCAGGCAUGGCUGAAAGUGUGCGCUGUCUUCCGGCCCGUGAAGCUCUUCGGCGGGCUGCUGCUGCUCCUCCUGUCCGUUCUGAUUUGGGUCUCCAUGCUCAUCACGGGCAUCGACAAGGCGAAGAACUCGCUCUGCAAGGAAAAGUGCGGUUACAUCAUCGGUCGCCUCCACAUCUUCCAACCGGUCAACUCCAUCUUCCUCCUGUCGGCUCGCGCGUUCCCUGUCGACUACAUUCUGAUGGCGCUCCUCAUCCUGUUCCUCUUCAGCAGCUCCAUCUCCGGCAUUGCCACCAUCGGCAUCCGCUUCCUCUGGGUCCGUAUCUUCCAGAUCCGCAAAGGCCGCACCGCCCCGCAGGCCCUCCUCAUCGCCACCGUCAUGCUGGCCCUCAUCAUCCUCGCCAUCAACUUUUCCGUCGUUACCAUGAUCGCGCCCCAGUACGCCCUCUUCGGCACCCAGACCUGGUGCUCGGCCCCUCAUUCGCCGGGCGAGACGCCCAACUGCCGCGACCGCCCGGACUACCUCCUCCCUUGUUCCGAGGCCCUCGAGAAGGAGGCCCGCGCCGUGUGCACCCCGUCUAUCAUGUCCGAGUUUCUCAAUCGCAUCACCAUCACGUGGCCUUUCUUCGGCGCCGUCGACUUUUGGGCGCAGUUUGCCUUCCUCUCCGUCUUCCUCAUCGUCUUCGUCACCGGUCUGUUCCGCACGCCCAGACUCAACGUGGACGAGAUGGACGAGGACGCCGAGGCCGACGAGGAGGAAGGGUUGCUCGCUAGCACGGGGAGGCGACUCGGUGCUAGCUGGCAAGACAUCACGGGGAGGACGGGGGGGUCCAAGAACCAAAGCUACGGAACGCAGGCCGGUGGGAACGGUGCUGGGUCGUCCCAGGCUUAAAAUUUACUUUUGUAUUUUGCGUUUUGCGUAUGCUUGUGAGAUUACCGAGUUUUCGAGUCAACAUCUGUUUUGACGGAAAAUGCCACUGUGUAGGAUGAUUAGGGACUUACGGAUCAUGGUCAGGGAAAUUGUUCAGUGGGAAUGAAAUCAAGUGGGUAAUGGGAAUAUGAAUGCGCAAGCACCAAAAAAAAAAGGAGGCAAAAGAUGGCAUUUCUGUUCGUAUAGGCAGAGCGUCGGAGUCGCGGUCUGUUUCGUAUUGACCAUGAGGAACACAUGAACAGCAUAAUUCAAUUGUCAUA